CUGCGCAGUGGAGUUCCGGCACAGCCGGGCCUUUCUCCCCAGGAAGUGGCGGUAGCUGUGGCGACUUGGAGCAAGGGGUGAGGCCGGACAGUGGGGAGGCUCCGCCCUUUCCCCAUAUUUGGGGCUGCGGACCGGGCCCAGGAGAACUGGGGUGCCUGCUUCUGCUUUCCCGUUUAAGUUAGGCAUCUAUACCUAUCGAAGGGGACGCUUAUUCCUCUGGACAGGUGUAGGUGCGGCUGUGUAGGGUCUAUAGGUGAUGGUCUGUUCCCCACCAGGGCUUUGUAGCAGUUACCUGCAAACAUGCAGUCUUAGCAGUAGGUCUUCCUGGAGACGAAAUGAGGGAGAGAAUUGCAUCUGCUGAAUUUCUGCGACCUCCGGCAACUACCUGUUAAUGCCGGAAAGAUCCUUCCAGGUCCUAUGUCUGGCUCUACAAGCAGUGACUGGCUCUUUGUGCACUGAACAAGCAGUAUGCAGGUGUCAGAACGUGAAGGUGGGACCACCACAGGGAAUGGGCUGGAUAGCCCAACAGCAACUGAUACCCAGCCUGUUCCCCCCUCAUCUCCCAAGCCCCCUUCAUUGGACCUCUUCAAUUUAGUAGUGUCCUACAAGCGUCUUGAGCUGUACCUGGAGCCACUGCAGGAUAUUGCUGAAGGGGUGUGGUUUCUCCUCAGCUGGCAGAUGCCCGUCUGCUCCCUUCUCACUUGCCUGGGUCUCAACUUUCUGCUACUGACUUUGAGUGAAGCUGCCUGGUUUGGACUGUGUGCCCUCCUGAUCUCAGUGCCUGCCAUGCUAGGCUACCUACAGGAGACCUGCCGUGUCCGCCUGACUGAAGAAGAGCUGGCACGUCGUAGGUACCACAGUGUGCGCCGUGAAGAUGUCAGAAAAGUUCAGCUUUCACGGCAAGAGGCUGUGGCUGAAGUGAAGGGCUUCCUGAUCCAGUUAGAGACCUUCCUGAGCUGGCUGUGUGGUGGCUGCGAGGCAGCCUACCGUGUCCUUCAGUGGGAGAACCCCUCUCUGUCCUCCCAGUUUUAUGGGAUACUGAUGGGUUCCGUUUGUGCCCUCUACCUGCUGCCUUUGUGCUGGGUCUUCUUUCUUCUCAAUAAUGCCCUUUUCUUGGGCAAUGUGGCAUUUUACCGAGUGGUUUUGGAGCUGAAGUCAUCUGUAGAACAACGCUUGGGCCUUGCAUCCAUUUCUAGUAGUCCAGAACUUGCUGAACUGGAUGCAGGGGAAAGUGGGACGGGUGUCCUACCAGACCAGACACCCACGCCAACCAGCACGGAGGAUCUGACCCCUGGCAGUGUGGAGGAAGCAGAGGAAGCGGAGCCUGAUGAUGAGUUCAAGGAUGCUAUUGAGGAGACGCAGCUGCUGCCAAUGGAAGAGGAUGAUGUCUCCCAGCGCUUAAUAGAGUUUGAGCCAGGCCAUUCUGUCAGCACCUUCCUGACCAAGGAUGAUGUGAUUCGCAUAAAGGUGUCACGACUGGCAGAGCGUCUGCGCAAGCGCUACCCAACAAGUAACCUUGGCACUGGACUGGGAGCAAACUGUGCCAACUGUUCAGCCACGUUCUCUCUGUUGAAGAAGCGGCGAAACUGCAGUAACUGCGGGAACAGUUUCUGCAGCAGGUGUUGCUCCUUCAGAGUUCCCAAGAGCUGCAUGGGGGCUACAGCACCUGAUGCUCAGCGGGAAACUGUCUUUGUGUGUGGACACUGUAAUCUAAUGCUGAUCAAGUGAAAAGCUGAUCAAGUGAAAAGCCGGUUUGGAGUCCUGUUCUCUGCUGGAUCUGCUCUGCAUCCUUGCCUGUCUGCACUGAUCCUUGUGGGAGCGAAGCCAUGGCAUCGUACUCUCACCUGGCUCCUCCCUGGAACUGUGAUAGGAUGGGCUGGCACACCUGACCUCCUAAGUGCCCUUUGUGCGCCUCUCCCCUGUGAUGUGUGAGCAGUUGGGGAGGGUCCUGCAAUCAGGAUGAACUGUACAGGAGGUUCUUUAUGUGUUAGAUUACUGUAAGCUUUCCUUUGCUACUAGCCUGGGAGGGAAGUGGAGAUGGUCCUUUGCCUUCCUGAAGGCCUGACUUUCCUCCCUUCCAUGUUUUCUUCACAGUUCCCUUUUUGCAGUGCUCCUCCUGGCAUCUAGACCGCCAGGUAUCCAAAAGUGAGAUACUAUUAAGUGAGAUGCCAGUUGUUCUGAGGUUGAGAGUGGUUCUUCCUUUGAAGGUAGCUGUGGCUGGCUCUGCUGUGUAAAGAAGCCCCUCCCUCCCCAUAUGUCCCUUGUAGCUGAGAAUAUUGUGCAGCUGGAUCUGCCUUCUUUUCUUACAUUGAAUGGGAGCAGAAUCCCUGUUUUCUUCUCUUGUCCCCCCUGCUUUUGUAUUUGCUCAUCCUUGGUAGCACAUAGUUAAAGCUCCUCAGUCUGACCUGAGACGUCCUCACUCAUCCCUGCACUGUGAGAGCAGAUAUUUCUUCAGAUAUCUGGGAUUCUCAUUAAUCACAAAACUCAGAUGUGUAGGGUACCUGCUUCAGUAGGAGCUGGCUCACAGAAGUGGGGACUAUUUGGAUUGUUGCUGCUUUCUAGUAUCUAUUACUAAUAAAUUAUGUCAUUAGAGACUGGAGCCAAUAUUUCCAGUGUUUGAAACAGCUUUUGAUGUGAAGGGAACCUAAGAAUACUUUGGAGUUUGAUAGCUUUUGAAUGCAAUCAUGAAGUGGGGAGUUAUGAAAUGGGUUUGCAGACUAGGAAAAGAGAGGAGAUCAGAACAAUCAGCCUGAGAAGAUAUCAGAAGCUGGGAGAGAAGAAAUGCCAGUUGUUGGGUUGUCUUGUACUCAGCCGUGUGAGAUACUGAGAGAUAGAAGAGGGACUGGCAAAGGUAUGAGGAUUUGCAUAGAGGACUGCCCUCUUGCAGCUUCCUAUGCAGCGUGUGCCAUUACUGCAGAGCAGCUAAUAUGGCGGGCCAGGGGGAGGGGGGGGGAAACUAUCCUGGAAAUGAAUGUUCAUGCAUUUCUCAUCCUCUUGUCUGAGAGAGAGCAUUGAGGAGUGCAAAAGUUACGUAAUAGUGUGUUAUACAUAUAAAAAUCUGACUGGUAAUAGAUUUGGAGUAGGUCACAAGAAGCACUACUUCACAAUGCGUAACAUGGUAUGAGUUAAUUUCUGCUAACAUUGAUGGUGGCUUUAAAACAUUUAGGCAAAUUUAGGGAGUAUAAUUAUGGGUUUAGAUCCAUGCAGAAUUUCAGCUUGUGCUAGAGCUCUUGGUCAUCCUGAUUCUGUUGAUUACGUUGACUUCCACUGUGUAAUCUACAUUGAGUCUCAGUGAGAAAUGUAAGCUAUAAAUAAACAAAUAAAAGAUCACAGUAGCUA